GACCCCCGCCUCCGCCCCGGCCACACACUCGGCGGCUCCUACGAAUCCCGGUGGGCCUCUUCGCAGCUCCUGUCCCCCUCCACUUUGCCAUGGCUUCUGCUGGCCUGCAAAUCCUGGGGAUCAUCCUGACGCUGCUUGGCUGGGUGAAUGCCCUGGUGUCCUGUGCCCUGCCCCUGUGGAAGGUGACCGCCUUCAUCGGCAACAGCAUCGUGGUGGCCCAGGUGGUGUGGGAGGGGCUGUGGAUGUCCUGCGUGGUGCAGAGCACAGGCCAGAUGCAGUGCAAGGUGUACGACUCCCUGCUGGCGCUGCCCCAGGACCUGCAGGCUGCCCGCGCCCUCUGCGUCGUCGCCCUCCUCUUGGCCCUGCUCGGGCUGCUAGUCUACCUCGCGGGAGCCAAGUGCACCACCUGCGUGGAAGACAAGGACUCCAAGGCCCGUCUGGUGCUAGUCUCUGGGAUCAUCUUUGUCAUCUCAGGGAUCCUGACCCUGAUCCCUGUCUGCUGGACGGCCCACGCCAUCAUCCGGGAUUUCUACAACCCCCUCGUGUCAGACGCCCAAAAGCGGGAGCUGGGAGCCUCCCUCUACUUGGGCUGGGCAGCCUCUGGCCUUUUGUUGUUGGGUGGGGGGCUGCUGUGCUGCACCUGCCCCUCUGGGGGGUCCCGGAGCUCAAGUCAUUAUAUGGCCCGAUACUCAGCAUCUGCCGCACAUGCCACCUCUCCGUGUGCCCCCGAGUACCCCACUAAGAAUUAUGUCUAAUUCUCAGUCUAACUCCCUGAGCUGGAGAAAUCGUGAUGGUGAUUUAGACAGCUUUGGGCUUGUUUUUUGUCUUUUUUGCUUUUUGGGAGAGGGUUUUCUUUUCUUUUUUUU